AUGGCAUCAGCCUCCAAUUCAACCCCUAUUGUUGCGUCUUCAUCUCUGCUUGUAACUUCAUCUACAGGAAAUUUGGUGGCAUCUCCAUCUUUUGCAGUUGAUCUACACUGCGAUGAGAUUGCGGAACUAGAUGCUAACAUGAAUACUCCUGUUAUGAUUCUGAUUUCUAGGGCGGUUGGAGAACCGGAUGUGGUGGAAGAUGUCCUAGGGGAUGACGAUGAUGUGGAGCCCGCCAUGAUUGCUGAUGACAGCGAUGAUGAUAUAGGGAGGAAUAUUCCUGUUGGGGCUGGUGGAGCAUCGAGCUUGGAAACUCAGCAGUACCUACCGCACUUUUUGACUAUAGACUUGGAUGCGAAGAGACCAGAGGGGUUACCGAAUGUGGAAUCCGAUUUUAGUGCAAGAGAUUCACAAGACACCGUUGGUCAAGCUGAGUUCCAAGUCGGUCAGCAGUUUCAGAAUAAAGAGGAAGUCGUCUUAUGUGUAAAGACUUAUAGCAUCCGUAGUGAAGUUGAGUACAAAGUGAUGGAAUUGAACCAUGACAAGUACUAUGACAAGUGUAAGGAGUUCGGAAAUAGUUACAGAUGGUUGAUUCGGAUCACUCUCCGGCGACGGAAGGGUAUUUGGGAGGUCAGACGGUAUAACGAACUUCAUACAUGUUUGGCCACCUCGAUUUCCAGUGAUCACAGGAAGCUUGACUAUCAUGUGAUAUCUGCUUUCAUCCUUCCUGUGAUCAGAGCUGAUAUGGAUGUGUCCAUCAAGGUUCUGCAAAAUAUGACGAAGACACAUUUUGGGUUCAGACAUACGUACAAGAGAGUGUGGUUAGCUAAGCAGUAG